AUGAUUGACAACACCAAGCAAUCAGUCGCAAAAACAGCCAUCAUCAGCGGCGGAGCUCGUGGUAUUGGCCGCUGCAUCGUACGCAGAUUCCUUGAGCGAGGAUACAAGGUCUUUAUUUUCGACAUUGACGAGGAAGAGCUGAAGCAUACCACAACCGUCCAUCUGAAGCAGUACUACGACAAGAAGCAAGUCAAUUCUGCCGUCUGCAACCUGCGCUCCGUCGACGAGAUCCGCGAAAAGGUCAAGGAGGCUGCAGACUUCUUGGGUGGUCGAAUCGAAGUGGUGGUCAACAAUGGUGGCAUUGCUACACCCACCUGGAAGGACGGCAUGGCAAUGGACAACUUUGAGACGUUCGACCAGUGGCAAGCCUACAUUGAGACCAACCUUACUGCUCCUUUCGCCGUCUCGCAAGCCUGCCUUCCCUACAUGAAGCUCGAAGACAAGAAAGACUCACACCACGCUGAGGAUUCCGACGCUGGCCCCUGCAUCGUUCACAUUGGCUCCUUCCGCGCAGAGAUGAGCGACCCCAACCAGGAAGGCUACGCCUCCAGCAAGUCGGGUCAAAUCGGUCUCAUGCACAGUAUGGCCAUCAGUCUGAGCCGCUGGGGUAUCCGCUGCAAUCUUGUCGCUCCUGGUCGCAUCAAGGUCGCCCACGAGUCCAAGGAAGGCGACGAGAAGGGCAUUGAGUGGGUUCACCAGAACGAGGACAAGGAUGUUGAUGACCACGCUACCAACAGAGCUGGCAGACCAAAGGACAUUGCCGAUGCCGUCGAGUACCUGGUAAAUGCUGGCUUCGUUACUGGACAGGCUAUUAUCGUCGACGGUGGCGCCGUCAGAAUGAAGUAA